GCCGUCACUGUCGCUGAGGCAACAUGGCGAGCACCGGCGGAAUGACCGUGGAUGGAGGAGACAUGAUGCGAUACGCUGAAUAUGCUCCAAAAACAACCGUUAGGAGCGACGCAGACAUCGACAGACGGCUGGGAGGGACUCUGAUCGCAGUCGGUCUUGGUGUGGCUGCUGCAGGUUUCGCAGGUCGCUAUGCGUUCCAGCUGUGGAAGCCUCUCGGACAGGUCUUCUCUGAAACUGUCAGGAAGAUGCCCUCAUCAGCGUUCUCAUCGUAUUACAAAGGAGGAUUUGAGCAGAAGAUGUCCAAACGAGAGGCCAGCCUCAUUCUUGGCAUCAGCCCAGCCAGCACAAAGGCCAAGGUACGUGAGGCCCAUCGGAGGAUCAUGGUCCUGAACCAUCCAGACAAAGGUGGGUCACCGUAUCUCGCUGCUAAGAUCAACGAGGCCAAAGACCUUAUGGACAAGGACAUGCGGCGAUAACCUGCAGCUAACAAACACUUUACAGACCUCCAUUACCUCGUGCAUGAUCUCAGUCCUGAGGUUCUUCUUCAUCAACAUCAGCACCGAGGCGUCCACUCUCCACGCUCCUGGAAGAUACUUUCAUGGCAUCUUAACGUUACUUCUCUUUGACAACAUUGUGAACAUAAUGUCAUACCAAGAGUGAAGGAUGUUGUAGCAUUGCACUCUAGUUGUAGCUGUACUUUAACAGUGCUGCUGCUGUAUAUAAAGUUUUAUUAAAAGUUCACAAGUGUCAGCAUGUUCAGGUACGAUGUAAUCUAUUUAAGGAAGAAGAGAAUCAUACAUUCAGAUAUUUCCAUGUUUAAACUGUUAAUGUGGAAGUAGUGAGAACCUUUUUUAAUAAAUUAUUUGAAAACA